AUGUCUGCUGUUGAUCUCGCCAGGAGUAUUAAGAAAGCUUGCUCGAUCGAGGAAGUGGAGCCGAAAAGGAAGCAUGUUAGAGCUUGUAUUGUGUAUACUUGGGACCACCAAUCUGCUACGCAGUUCUUCUCUAUCUUGAAGAGCGUUCCGCUGGCACCGAGUGAAAUUCAAGUGUUUAAAUGUCUGAUUGUGGUUCACAAGGUUGUGCAAGAAGGUCAUCCAACUGCGUUGCGGGAAGCGAUUAGGAACACUGAGUGGAUUAGGUCGCUUGGCAGGGUUCCAAGCAAUGAAUACGGGCGCUUGAUCCAGAGAUACGCCAGCUGUAUAUGCGAGAAACUGAUGUUCCAGGCGUCGCACCGGGGAUUCGAUGGCGGUAUGUUUGAAUACAAGGAAUAUACGUCGCUGGCUGUUGUUUCGGAUCCUGACCGCGGAUACGACACGCUUUGGAGUCUGAUGGAUUUGCUGGAGGAGGUUAUGGAGACGUGCAAACUAAUGCUGGCCUCUAUGGGACGGAGACGGAAGGCGGAGCUGGUUGUUGCGGCGGUAGUGCCGUUGGUGACGGAGUCCUACGGGAUAUUCAAGUUCUGUACGGCGAUGCUGAGAGCUUUAACGCAGGAGAUUGACGACCACGCAGCAUUAGAGCAACUGAGUGAGCGCUAUCGUAUGCAGCACAGAGAUCUUUUUGAGCUUUAUGCUGAUUGUUCUUCGAUCAAGUCACUUACUUCGUUAAUCAGCUUGCCAAAGUUACCACCAGAACCAGAGUCGUUUGAUAUGACUGACAAGACACCCUUGGAGAGAGCAAAGGUGCUUUCAACAGACCAGAGACUUGCCAUUCAUCUUGCUCUUCAAUCAAUUAAUCAUAGCCGAGAGCCAGUUUCGUUUUACUCCGUUUCCCAGCUUGCCAAUGAGAUAGCCGUUUCGGCAGAGCCCUCAAUUCCAGCCAUCAUCCGGUUGACACAUCAAGUAACAACAUUGCUACAGCGCAACCCGUCCCCACUCCUCGCCCAAGCUUCUCAACUCUACUUCCAAGCAUUACUUUCCCCCUCCCAACAAGACAUCAUCAAUGCAAAUACAAAUCUACAAAAUCUUUUAAUUAACUCUCCCGCUCAUAUCUUUGAUCCACCCACUCCACAAACCCACACUUCGGCUUGA